AUGGCGAAAAGUUGUGCUAUAAAUGCGGGAAACGAUGAAGUCCCAGGACUUGUGGAACCAAUUCUGUGUCAACCAUGUUUGAACAACGAUAAACAAACGCCAGCCGAAAAGUUUUGUUCAACAUGUGGUGAAUUCCAGUGUUUGGAUUGUUCCAACGUUCAUUACAAACACGAUUAUUUAAAAAGUCACAAGUUACUGAACGCGAAUGCAGCGAGAACGAAACAAGGCUCGUUUGAUAUGAAAGGAUUAGACCAAUGUGAUCAACAUCAGGAAGUUCUAAAAUUCUUCUGCGAAGAUGAUUAUCAGCUCUGCUGCAGUACCUGUGCUAUUGUUGAUCAUCGUAAAUGUCACAACGUUGUGGAAAUUCAAAAGGUCGCUGGAAGGUCAAACUACAGAAAUUCAUCUUUAACGGUUGAAUUAGAGAAAGUGAGACAGAAGGCUAAAUUAAUCGUCGCUAGCAUUGCCUCCUCAAAAGAGAAACUAGAUGAAGAUGUUAAAGAAAUACCAAUUAAAAUCAGACGAAUGCGGGAUGAAGUAAUGAAAAUGUUUGACGAGUUGGAAAUUUCAGUUGUUACAGACGUUAAAUGGUUUCAGAAAGAGACAUUAGAAAAGAUGACAAUGAAGCAGUCUCAGAACGAGAAAUAUCUAGCUGAUAUAUCAACGUGUCUUGAAACCAUUAAUAAUGUGUAUCAGAGUGGAACUAUGGUACAACAAUUUAUAGUAGAGCAGAAGAUGAAGAAUGACGUCAUUGUUCUUGACCAAAAUGUCGAUGCAGAAUGCCAAGGCUUAGAGACCGUUAUUGUAAAUUUUGAUUUCGAUGAAACAUUAAAACUCCCCCUCUACCAAUCACAGAUUAUGUUCCAGGACAACUGUCUCUAA